GUACUGUUUACAUCGAUUGCGUUAUAUUUCCCGCGUUCAAUAUAUAGGCGGAUCAAAUGUCCAAAAUUAGGAUGCUUUGAUACAGCUCUGUCCUCGUGCUAACUUCGGGUUAUUUUUGUCCUGUUUUGGAUAUAGAUACUAAUGCCAAAACCUUUUUGCUUCGCCCUCAAACACGGUCACGCCGUAAAACAGUAUUCCUAAAUUUCGUAUUUCGCGCCACUUCGCCAAAACCAUUGCGUACUUCCAGUUACUUCCCUUGUGUUGCUCGAGGAAACGACAAUGGCGGUGACUGACAUUUGAUAGCGUUAUUUUUCAUUGUGGAAUGGGCGUCCAUAGUGAUCCAACAGGUUCCUCCAAAAUGUCCAACAACAUGAAGAAUUUGAGAGGACAGCUGGGACUGAGGAGCAGUGCACUGGCUCCUACAUCUAGCAAACUGACCACCCAGUACAUGGUCAUGGAUCACAUGAAAAAUCACUACAGCAAAAUCUCUAAAGCUAGACCGGCAAUUGACAACAGAGCACCGAAGAGUAUUUCCACGAGUCAGAAAGUACGAGACAGAAACACCAGGGAAGGCAAGCGUCCAGUAUCCGGCAUGUCUGUGAACUACCCUGUGCGUCCCUAUUCAGCUAUGACAGGCUAUGAAGAUGAUGAAAUGUACGAUGAAGAUCAGUGGGGAGAUGUUGAUCCUGAUGAUGAGGUUGAAAAACAAGUAAGGGAGAUAAUGCGGAAAAGGCUCCAGACCAAGACAAUGAAUCAGGUUCGCAGCACAAAUGCUACUCAAGGGAGCUCCUCCCAAUCACCGUACUACUCGGCCAGACUGGAUCACACUGCCCACCCUCGUCCAGCCUCUGCCCGAUCAUCAGCUCGAUCUGUCCAGUCUGCCAGGUAUGGCUUGGAAAGAACAGCCAUGCCUACAAAGACUGUCACCCAGAAAACUUAUGAUGGGGAUGUCAUUGACAAACACAACCAUGUCUUCACCCAACCAGAGAAGCCAUUCACUCCACGUUUACUGAAAUCUAACCGUGUGUCCCGCAUAGCACAGAGCAAGUACUACACCUCUCCUCCACAGAAGAGGGAAACCAGUGAAACUACAAAUACCAAAACAGUGGAGUCCACCACGCCCACAUCAAAACCGAGAGCCAAGCCACGCAGGAAUGCUCCUCUUGACAAGUCUGGUGAGAUGACUGACACCCUCAUGUUCGAGUCUUUACAGAGUAGAGAUUUCUCGAGGUAUAGUGAUGAAAAAGAGCAAGUUGUUCCCAGACUAGAUAUCUCUCUGGACAAGGACAAUAUGAACUGGAUUAAAGAGCAGGCUAUGAAAGCAGAAAUCCGUGCCAAGAGUGGAACUAUCAGAUCCGGAAUGUCACGCAUCAAUGAAGACCAGAUGCUGGAUUCGGUUGACCUGCAGCAGACGGGCAAUAUGACCUUGACAGGAGGCUCCCUUAACAAAACCAGCAGAUCUUUGGGAACUAAAUCACUUCACAGCAGCCAGAGACUGAGCACAGACUUUAACAAUCUAAAGAAACCAGUCAAAGGAAAAAGGGAAGAAGAGUUGCAGUAUGUGGAAUUCAUUAAGGAGGUCACUGAUGAUGUUCUCAACCGAGGCGUGUUCACAGAUAGGGUGCUGAAACAGGUGUUUGAGUCGCACAUAGCCAAGAAAAAGGGGAAACUAAAUGAGGAGAAGAUGCGGUCAAUGCUCAGUCAAGUGCGCCAGGAUCUGGACAUCAAGGACGAAUCUGAGAGUCCCGACUACUCCCCACUGGACACCACCUCCUCGCUGGGGUCACGCCUCCAUACUAAGUACAGCCGAGGACGGACAGGGGAACAGACGUUUGGAUCCACCAUAGACUCUCAGAAUACAUACAAUUUCAAAGACACUUCAUCAGGGGACAUGUUCAGCACCAUUCAUUCUGAGAAUGAUGAGCUAUCUGCGACACAGGCCCUGAAAAGCUACCAGUUAGACUUAACAAGACACGUAGAAAACGAGGAAGGGGAGGAAAGUCCAGGGGAGAUCAUUCAGUCAGAGGAUGAAUUUGGGAAAACUGAUCAUGGCUUGAACACUGAAAACAAAUCCGUGAAAUCAAGCAAGUCAGCAAAGUCGUCCAAAUCGGCUCACAGCAGUGCUCACUUCCCAGACGAAAGAUCCAUUAAAUCUGGCAAGUCAUUGGGACAUCAAAGUGUCAAAUCAUCCAACCAUACUGCAGACAAUUACUCUGUCCAGUCUGGAAAAUCACAAAGUAGCCAGAAGAGUGGGGGAUUUAAGCCACAAGCUCGACCCAGGGCCCUGACCCAGAAUGAGGAUAUCUCAGAAUCUUCAGAAAAUCAGUCCACAGUGCGAGGAGAUGAUGAUUAUGAUGAUGAAUAUGCAGAAUAUGAGGAGACAGAAACAGAGGAUGGGACCAAAGCCACCCAUAGAACCUCAGACGAGGACUUUUAGUUCUAGUAUAUGGAUGUCGUCGCAAGUAGGAGGCUGCAGAAAAAUCUGGGCGCCAUAAUUUCAUGAGGAAGUAGGGAGAUAGUUUUACUGCCGUUAAUGAUAGAUUCCUGGAAGGGAUGUAUUUUACAAAUGUUUGGAGUCCAUUCGACAUUACCUGUACAUAUGAGGGUGAUUGUAGAUGUUAGAAAACUUCACUAGAAAUAGAUUGGGUUUCUUUUUACACCAGAGAGCUUUAUAGGUUUAUGUCAUUACUAUGUUAAACAGAGCUUUGAAAAUUAACAGACUGUAUAGGGGGAGAUAAUUUGUGCUGUAAAUAUUCGCUAAAUUCAUGGUGUCGAUAACUCUGUGAACUUAAGAAACAGCGAUUAAGUUUUCAAACAAGUCAUGUUUUGUUUUAUAGGUACAAGUCCAAGCUACCAGUAGAUAUGUACACAGGAAUCGGCAGUUUUAUCUGUAAAAUCGCAAGGCUUAGUGGUUGUUGUUUACACUGUAGACCUUUACAGAGAAAACUGCUGUCUCCUGUGAUAUAUACUACAUAGUCAUUCAGUAAUUAGCAGUGGUAUAUGUCUCAUUUAAUUUCCACGUUCUCUUUAAAUUAGAAUUGGCGGAUGAGGACCUGUAUUUAUUGUUAGACAGCUGUUUCAUUAGCCAACAUGACUUGACUCAACAGUUAUGGUUCUUGUUUUCCCUUGCACACACAAAGUUUUAUUUCAUACAAAGUUCAGCAAACCGCCAUCGUGUUAGAAAAGAGAAAAUUGUGAAAACGACAACACCCAUGGAAUUCAACCCCCCCUAUACAGUAUGCCAUUUAAGACAUCAACUUACAGUGGGUUUUUAUUUUUUUUUUUGUAAAGUAACUGAUGUUCAUUUUGCUUUGUAACUUUACUAAGACUUUGGUAACACUAACUGCAUUGUCUGUCUGUCUCGGUAGAAUUACACUUUUACAGUAGAUGUGUGACAGACAUAUGUCUGAUAUUUAAUGUGCUUUUCAGGUUGUACAUCGAGAGAAAAAAAACAUUUAUCCUUCAUACCAUCACUUUUUAUCAAGGGUUGUAUUUUCUGUGAUAAGAUUCCCAUGUGGUCAAGACUCUAUUGCCAUAGCAAGUUAACAGUUUUGUUUCACAUCAGAAUAUCAAUCAUAAAAUGGAAUUUUUUGUCUUCAGGAGUAAAAUUUCAUUUGGUUUUAAUGGAAAUGUGUUUACAGAAAUUACAACUACGGUAUAAGUGGUAUUUUUAGCGAAACAUACAUUUAGCGAUUUGUCCAUAAUUUAAGGGUAUAUAUAUAUAUUUAGCGAGAGCUAAUUUUAGUGUCUUCAUAAUUCCAAGAAAGAUAGCAAUUACCUCCAAUAUGGAAUAAAUUGUUAGCAAUAUUCAAUUUUAGGGAUCUCAACUCUGUCGCUAAUAAUGCCAAAAUUUAAUCCUCACUAAAAAUUCUACUUAUACAAUAUCUAAUAUUUCCCCAGGUGCAUAAUUUGACUAUAUUUUGAUAAGGAGUUAAUUAUAUCGGAAUUUAAUACCCCCUCCUCCUUCCAUACUUUUAUUUGUUAAUGUUAUAAUAAUUUUUGUGCAAUGUUUCAUGCUUCGCAAACAUCAUAACUACUGGAGAAAAAUGAAUUGUUCAUUUUGUACUUUGAAAACUGUCUCAUUUGUUCAUGUAAUAUUUUAAUUAAAAUGCUGUCAACAGGAGUAUCAUUUAUGUAUUUUGAAGAGACCUGUCAAUUUAACCUACACAGAUAUACAGUGUAGUUUCAUUAUUUUGAUAGAUACAUUUGAUUUACAUUGAAAUGUCUGAUAUUUGUGUAGGAGUUCCUUCAGUAUUUCAUUCCGUCCAUAAAUCUACGGUUUUAUGAAAUUAUUGGGUUUAAUUCAUUUCCCAUUUAUCUUACAGUUUUCUACAUGUGUAUAUUUAUUUCAUGUUUUUUAUGUGAUAAAUCAAGUGUAUCAGUUAAGAAUCCAUCCAUUUACUGAAUUUUUACUUUAAUAUUGUUUAUUAUUUUAUUUUUCAUAUUUAUUUGAAAAUCCAUUUUUGUUAAGGGUUGUUGUAAAUCUUCAUCUUGAAUAAAAGCUGUAUUUGCAACUUGAA